ACGGGAUUCCUGCUGCACACCACAUCUAAACAGAGCUAUCAAAACUUCACUUUAAUUCACUUUAAUGUUUAAAACCACUAAUACUGUAUCGCACGCGCUCUGGCGUUCAAGCUGAAACGCGCCCGCGCGCGCCCUGCCCGCGCGCGCUCUUUUGUUUCGCGCUCCUGGGGGAGCUGCUGCGAGACUCUUUCGCCUGAAACGGAACAAAGGGGCAGGAGAGUUUUGACUUGAACUAAGCGAUGCGUCCCGUCACCUGCAGAUGGACACCGAUGCGGAGGCGAGCGGUGAAAUAGAUGAAAUCCUCCAGCAGAUCGCGGAACUGGACAAACGGAGAGAGACAUUUAACUCCCGCGGAUUGGAUUUACCACAUGGCUAUGUUAAAGUAAGUAUUAGUAUUUUUAUAUAUUUAUUUAUACAAUGUUUUCUAUUUCUAAUUGAGACAAAUAAUCUAAUUGUCAAGCGACAAAAUUAUGACCGUUUUACACCGUUCCUAACGGGUAUGAUUCAAAACACAAACUGUGUUUUAGUUUGUUCAUUUUCUCUUUACUAUAAUGAAUUUUUGCUGAUAUUCUAUUAUAUUUUAUGGUCUAUUUAAAAAAGAAACUUUAGUCAGAUUAUUUCUGAAGUGGGAAAAAACGAUGUGGAAGUUUUAAGUUUAUUAUUCAGAGUAAAAACAGGACCACUCUCUUUUUUAUCGGUCGAGGUUUUGAACUUUUAUUUGGCGGGAGGCUUCACUCUGAAGGGUUCAGCUCAUCCUAAGCCUAUAAGCUAUUGCCAGAUAUAUUUUAUGUGUAAUAGUUUGAGUAUUACAGUUCGGUGAAUACAUUUGGAGUGAGCUGAACGGAUGAUAUAUCUCGGUGGGCAAGCAGUGAUCAUGAAUAAGGAGGAGCUGGGGAUGGAGGAGGCGACCGCGUGAUUAUGGAUGAUCUUGUAUAUCUUAUUAGUUGAAGUGGGAGGAGCUACAAUCAGCAAAGGUUCGAUUCCAAAUUUUAGGUUGACAUCUCAAAAACGACUUUCCAAUUCAAGUGCAAAAAGCACCGAUGCCGUUCUUAUGUGGUUAAGUCUGAUAUUAGGAUAACUGAUACUUCAGACCCUGUGCUCUCAGGUGGCCGUAUGUCAUUUCUCCCAUGACAUGCAGUCAGCCAAUCGGAUGAGAGCAUGCGUGUGCGCCCGAGUGGCUGCAGUCCUCUCACAAACUGGAGGAGAGACGUGAGCUUGCCACCACGUUACCUCUGAGGCAGUUCACUAGGAGUAACAACGCAAUGCCAUGCGUGAAACCGAAUGUACGUGCAGUAGUAGAGCGCAGGUAGAGACCAUCAUGACGGAUUAUCAGGACCUCCUGCAAACCAUCAAGAGUUUGCAGCACUCCAGACUGAGCUACAUAGAGCUUCUUCAAGAGGAGGUGAAGAGAAGCCAGAACAGACCUAGUGAGAAGAUCAGAUCUGAAGAGGACAGUGACGACUCUUCUAGACCUGCCACCUCGACCUCGGCCCAUCGCACCGAGCAGUUCACAGCACCCUUCUCCGUUCCUCGAACCCUCACGGUGUCUCCGAGUCUGGGUGGGCAGCCGCUGUCACCAGAGCUGGCGGUGAGUUUAAGAAAUGUUUUAUUUGGGAACACGUUUCACAUAUUCAACUAUGAGUGGAAGAAGUCAUUCUUCAAGUUUCGGGAGCCUUUCUCUGACAUGGCAUAUGCUCUGGAGACCGAGAGGGUGGGAGGAGCCUGUGCCGUUCAGAUGGUGGUUCAGGCUUAUAUUAUUAAAUAUUUGCUCUUCAACCGGGCAGUGAACUCAGAGUGCACAAUGCAAAGUAUGGUGACGGUCGGGGAGAAGGAGCAGAGGAAGGCGCUGGCAGCUGCUCUGUCUGACAUCUUGUGGACAGCUGGUGAGGAGCAGACAGCCUCCGUCUGCCUGGUCGCGUCAGAGCGCUGCUUCACCCCUCACAUGGACUACAAACUGGACAACUUCACAGAGAGGUUGCAGCUUUUCACCUUCAAAAAGAAAGAUGAUGUUAGAUCAUUUAUUUGCGAGCACAUCCAAUGUUUUAAGGAAGAAGGAAGCCAUGGAAUCAUACUUUUUCUGUAUAGCCUUAUCUUCUCCAGGACUAUUGACAGGAUACGAGCAGACUUUGACUGUACCACCAGUCAUCUUUUACAUGUGAGCUUGGGCAACUUUGUUUGUCGACAGGCUUUAUUAAACCUGCUUCUGACGGGCCGUGCGAGCCCUCACGUCUUCAACGGUACGUCACUGAACGAAGAGCGCGAUGGAGCUCUCGCCCAGCCUCUCCACGGGGUCCUGACUCGCAGUCACGUCGGAUAUCUGCUCUGGAACAGAGAACAAGUUCACCACGCGCAGCUCCCACAGGUGGGCAGUAUGCUGAAAACCCCCAAGUUGCCUGUCUGGGUGUGCAAUAUCAAUGGCACCUACAGUGUUUUGUUCAGCCCAAACCGGUCGCUGCUCUCUGACUGGAAGAUGGAGCAUCUCUUCCACCUUUACUUCUACAAUGGCCAACCAUCUCAGCUCAACACAACAGUUCUCACCAUAGGUACAGUAGUUAGCUUCUGCCCAUGCAUGUUAACAGGGUUAUACUCGCGUGAACCAGGCAUUUCAAAUGUAUAUAUUGUAUUGCUCUUUUGUAUUUCAGAUACACACUCCCAUCACUGGGAGGCUGAAAAUAAUGGUAUUCAAGAAGACCCAGAAAAAAAGUUUCCAUCUGUAGAGAUGACCAUUAGGACCAAGUGGGAGGGUGCUGUUAUUGACUGGAAUGGGACGGUGCCUUUUUUCUGAAUAGAUUUUAAGCAGGUCACCUGAUUUUUAGUAUACUUCUCCUGGCCUGCAAUAAAGAAAAUUUCAUAUGCAUAUAUUGGUUUCGAUUUGAGCUUUAUUUUUGACAUUUUGGCUUGUGUACCUUAAUGACAGUACCCUUCGCAACCUGCCCAGUUGACCAUCUUAGAUUCUGAGCAUUUAACAAAAGUGAAAACCUAAAAUAUUUAACACAUGUCUAUAUCAUUUAGCUUAGUUACCGUUUUUCUUCUAUUUAGAUCCGAUAUGGGUUCAGCUUGCUAGUAUCAAGUCUCAAGACUUAAUCGCUUAAGUCUGCUCAAGUCUCACGUCACGAAAAAGCUGAUGUCUCAAGUUUCAGGGUUUAAUCAAUUUAAGUCAAGGUUGUUAUUCAAAGCCUUGCAGUCUUUGAUUCCUAUCAGGUAUAAAUCAUGUAUGUGGUAUUUUUUUUAAUUUUUAUUUUUAGAUUUUAAUUUAAUUACUGCAUGCCAGUAUUUUUUAUGAAACAAAAGCAAAACAUUACAAUAAGGUUCAGAAAGUUAACUCUUUUUUUUUUUACAGCAUUUAUUAGUCUAUAUUUAUAACAAAAGUGCUAUUUUUCAUUCUCAAUUUGUUAAAUCAUC